CGACGGCAAAAUAGGCGGAGUCCAGAAGUCAAAGGCCGUAUUUAAACACCCCCCCUCCCCCUUCAGCUCGAAAGGACUCGCCUUAGGCUCUCACCAGAUCCGCUCUUCACCCCUGACCCCAGUCUCCUCCAUCUAGGGUUUCAUCUUCCACUGAUCUCGGAUCUCCUAGUUCCAACCGCAUUACUGGGAUAGCAUUGACUUGACACCAUGGGAAGUGGAUUUAGGGUGCUUCACCUUGUGAGACCGUUCCUUUCUUUCCUGCCGGAAGUUCAGAAUGCUGAUAGAAAAGUCCCUUUCCGUGAGAAGGUCAUCUACACCGUAAUCUCGCUCUUCAUCUUCUUGGUAUGCAGUCAGCUCCCUCUCUAUGGCAUACACUCCACAACAGGUGCAGACCCUUUUUACUGGAUGAGGGUCAUUCUUGCUUCUAACCGUGGAACUGUCAUGGAGCUCGGGAUCACUCCUAUCGUGACAUCUGGUUUGGUGAUGCAACUUCUGGUUGGUUCAAAGAUCAUUGAAGUGGACAACAAUGUCCGUGAGGAUCGAGCUCUGAUGAAUGGAGCACAGAAGUUGCUGGGUAUUCUGAUCGCUAUUGGUGAAGCUGUGGCCUAUGUUCUUUCUGGAAUGUAUGGCAGUGUUAGCCAGCUUGGAGUUGGAAAUGCCAUUCUCAUCAUUAUUCAACUGUUCUUCGCGGGAAUCAUCGUCAUAUGUUUGGAUGAACUGCUCCAGAAAGGAUACGGCCUGGGCUCUGGAAUUUCGCUUUUCAUAGCCACAAAUAUCUGUGAAAACAUCAUUUGGAAAGCAUUUAGCCCAACUACAAUCAACAGUGGACGAGGAGCUGAAUUCGAAGGUGCAGUCAUUGCUCUAUUCCAUCUGCUCAUUACACGUACAGACAAGGUCCGUGCUCUCCGGGAGGCAUUUUACCGGCAAAAUCUACCAAAUGUGACAAAUCUGCUGGCAACAGUCCUUAUCUUCCUGAUAGUCAUCUAUUUCCAAGGAUUCCGUGUUGUAUUGCCUGUGAGGUCAAAGAAUGCCCGAGGACAGCAGGGCUCAUACCCAAUCAAACUGUUCUACACCUCUAACAUGCCCAUUAUCCUGCAGUCAGCUCUUGUCUCCAACGUCUACUUUAUCUCGCAGUUGCUAUAUAGGAAGUACAGUGGAAACUUCUUUGUGAACCUCUUGGGUAAAUGGAAGGAUUCUGAUUACUCAGCUGGCCAAUCUAUCCCUGUCGGUGGUAUUGCUUAUUAUAUCACUGCACCAUCCAGCUUAGCUGAUAUGGUGGCCAAUCCUUUCCAUGCACUUUUCUAUCUCGUGUUUAUGCUAUCGGCAUGUGCUCUAUUCUCAAAGACAUGGAUUGAAGUAUCUGGAUCUUCUGCAAGAGAUGUUGCCAAGCAGCUCAAGGAACAGCAAAUGGUGAUGCCAGGUCACCGUGAAUCGAACCUCCAGAAAGAGCUGAACCGCUACAUUCCCACUGCAGCUGCAUUCGGAGGAAUGUGCAUUGGUGCACUGACCGUGCUUGCAGAUUUCAUGGGAGCAAUUGGUUCGGGAACGGGAAUUCUCCUUGCAGUCACCAUCAUCUAUCAGUACUUUGAGACCUUCGAGAAGGAGAAGGCCAGCGAACUUGGCUUCUUUGGCUUCUAAGCUUUAGCACUCCAGUCUGUGCAAUGCUCCUAAUCAACCGCUUUCCUCAGAUUUGGCAAGUCGGGGAAGAUCAAGUAGAUCUGCCAUUAACUGCCAGAAGUCGGAGUUGAAGAUGAUAAUAGACUAGCUUGUUCGCUCUGAGGAGCAUGGAGAUAUAGCAGAGAGCUAGAAAGAGUUUUGUUUCCUUAAAUUACGUUCUUAUUUUUCUUCUGCUAUGUAGGAGUGGAUCCUUACCUUGCCAUCAGCCAUGUAGUCUUUGAAGUUUUGGUUGUGAACCUUUCAAAUAGGCUAUUUCGAUAGAAAACCACGAUUUUCGGUUUUAACUCAUUUGAUUGGCUGUUUUAAAAGUGAACCACGCAUCUUGUCUUAUA